CCUCCUGGCAACGGGUGACAACAGCAGGUGUUCAGCCGCGCGCAGAUACUCGCACCUAGCCACGUCACCGCGGCAGGCUCAGGGGUGCAGUACGUGACUAACGUGGGAAAAUUGCAACAUCAUUGUUUUUAGCUCCGUCAGUUCAUACACUACAUUCUGAGCACUGACUUUUACUUUCUACCAUUCACUUAGUGUAUAUCAUCAAUGUGAGUGGAAACGGUAUUAUCCCGCUAUAAUUUGCUCCGUUUCCGUGGUACAGUGAUGAAAAUAAUGUUGCUCUCAUCAAAGUCGUUUUUUUGGUGAAUAUUUGAAGAACAGAUAUGGUGACAAUGGGUUGGUGAUGACACGUCGAACCAUGGACCAUUUUAAACUGCUACUGCUGACGUUGCAGCUACUGUUGCUUCCUUUCCUGCUCAGUGGAAGUAGGAGCAACCAUCGCUACUUCGCGGACUUCCUGCAAGAGCUUCCAAAGGUGGCGUCAGGUCCUCAGUUCGACACCAGCGUGCCGGGAAACGUAACAGGACUGGUCGGGAAACCAGCACUCUUGAGGUGCCGCGUCAAGAACCUGGGGAACCUCACUGUGUCCUGGGUACGACACCGCGACAUCCACUUGCUGACGGUCGGCCGCUACACGUACACCAGCGACCAGCGCUUCGAAGCCUUGCACUCCCCGCACACGGAGGACUGGACGCUGCACAUCCGCUACGCGCAGAAGAAGGACUCUGGCAUUUACGAGUGCCAGAUUAGCACCACGCCUCCCAUCGGGCAUCCCGUCCAUCUCACCAUCGUAGAGCCGCUGACGGAGAUUGUCGGGGAACCGGACUUGUUCAUCAAUGCGGGCAGCACCAUCAACCUGACCUGCCUCGUCUCGUUCGCCCCGGAGCCUCCGACGGGCGUCCUCUGGCGACACAAUGGUCAGGUGAUCAACUUCGACUCGCCGCGUGGAGGGGUGAGCCUGGUGACGGAGAAGGGCCCCGUGACGAGCAGUCGGCUGCUGAUCCAGAAGGCGGCCGCGCAGGACACGGGCCUCUACACGUGCGCGCCCUCCAACGUGCCGCCGGACAGCGUGCGGGUGCACGUGCUCAAAGGUGACCUUCCAGCGGCAAUGCAGCGUAGUGGAGCCCCUGGGCGGGCCGCCCAGCGGCUGUUGCUGACGCUAGGGUGGUUCCUUCCCCUGGUAAACCUGCUGCCCGUGGCCACCACAGACUACUACUCCUGGCUCUUUGGCCGCCUGCGACACGCGAAUGCUGCCCACAGCAAGCCAGUCAGAUAAUAGCCACUGUGGGAGUGUGAAUAUCCAUCUGUGUAUCCUUGAUAGCAUGGAGACAUCACUUUUAAAACAUACUCUCGAUCAAAGGAACUACAAGCUGCAUGAGAAUGAAACUGCGAAAAUUUUAUGCCUGAAUUAUAGAUACCUAACAGAAAUUAAAAGAAUAAUAUAUAUAUAUAUAUA